CGCAACCGACAGCUCACCCAGCUGUUCCAAGAGACGAGCGAACCCCCCAUUGUAAUCUGGGUCAUGGAAACUGCGCAAAAUGGCCCGCUGCUGCGACCGGAUCGCGCCGUUUGUUGCGAACGAGCGUUGCUGACUUAGCAAUUUUGCAAUAUGAGUCGUGGCACACGCCAUCGCCGUUUUUCUUCGUUUUCGUUGCGUACGCUGCGACUCGCCGUACGGGAUGCACUACGCGUCGCAACCGUUCGAUCGUUUAUCUGUCAAUGAGCUUGACUGGUCGCUGACCAGGGAGAGCCACGCGUGGAUUGGUCGAUGGACUUUGCUCGACGACUCCCGCGCGAGUCUCGGAGCUUGGGCUUGGAACUUGGAUUCGGAGUAUUCGGAGUUGCAAUUGCAUAUGGCAUGCGUGCGAUUGUGACGUGAGAGAUAACGUGAGAGAAUCGGUUAAUUCCCUCUCGAGUAACGCGUAAUGGAUCGCGUUUUGCGUCGCUUUUUCGACACGAAAGUCGCAAGAUAGACUCGAGAGAUGCGACACGAAAGGAGAGCAAAUGCUUCAUCUUAUCUCUUCACUCUUUUUUUCCCUUCUCUCUUUACUUUUUUGCGGGAUCACGCGGUUCCCUUGUCACGUGACCAUGUGCCCAUGUGACUCGACUAGACUCGACGACUAAGUUUUACCCUGUGAAGCCAGUGUUCGCAUCGUUUUCACAAAUCUACGAAUCCACAUAGCUCAUGGCUGACUUGCAAUCAACGAAGAUGUUUGCUCUUGGAUAAAAUUUAGUCACUCAGUUUGAUAUUCCGUGCAUCUUUUCAUCUUGUCGUCGACAAACGAUAUCUGUCCAGACUAAGAUCAUCUUUUUCGUUUUUGCGCAUUAACAAACUGUACAAAUAAAAAAUAUAUGAAAAAGAAAAAUCACACAUACACACACGAAUCGAUUGUCCAAUGGAGAUGAUCAGAAAUGUUGUCAUAGGUAUAUCCGGCGGUGUCGAUAGCGCCGUGGCGGCUCUUUUACUUAAAAAUAGAGGAUUCAAUAUUACUGGAGUGUUUAUGAAAAAUUGGGACAUUAGAGAUGAAACAGGAAAAUGUGCGAUUGAGAGAGAUUACGAUGAUGCUCGAUGGAUUUGUGACAAACUGAAAAUUCCUUUGAUACAGGUCGAUUUUGUCAAAGAAUAUUGGAACGAGGUUUUUAGUGAUUUGGUCGAAAAAUAUCAGAAUGGUUAUACUCCGAAUCCAGAUAUCUUGUGCAAUAAGAAGAUCAAAUUUAAUAAGUUUUUUCAUCUCGCAUGUAGUAGAUUUGAAGCAGAUGCAAUUGCAACAGGCCAUUAUGCCAAGACAAGUUUUGGACCUUAUCUGGAGAAUUAUAAAGCAGAUACUAAUGUAUGUUUGUUACAGGCACAGGAUAGCAAUAAGGAUCAAACAUUCUUCUUGAGCCAAGUGUCACAACAAAUCUUGAGACGUUGCAUGUUUCCUCUUGGAAAUUACUUGAAAAGUCAUGUAAAGACAAUGGCCCUAGAAGCAGGAUUACAUCAAAUAGCAUGGAAGAAGGAAAGCAUGGGUAUCUGUUUUGUGGGAAAACGUAAAUUUCAAGAUUUUAUCUCAGAGUAUAUUAAAGAUAAACCUGGCGACUACAUAGAUCUAGAUAGUGGACUGUCGAUAGGCAGACACAGUGGCGUUCACAAACGAACAAUAGGGCAAAGAUGUAAAAUUGCUAGUUGUCUCAAGCCUUAUUAUGUGUUUAGUAAGGAUCUGAAGACAAAUACAAUUAUAGUGGUAAGCAGUACAACUCAUCCAGCACUGUACACCGAUUUUUUGAUAACGCAAGAUAUUCAUUGGAUUAAUCAAGAGCCGAGAUGGAACAAUGGUGUGUUGAAUUGUAACUUUCGCUUUCAACAUAGAAAUCCGUUGAUCGCUUGCAAAGUAUAUAUGUCCAAAGAUCGUUUGUUUAUCCGUCUUGAUGUACCUUUACGAGCGAUUACAAAGGGACAGUAUGCUGUUUUGUACUUUGGAGAGGAAUGUCUGGGUAGCUCAAUGGUAUCGUGUACUGGACCGUCUUUAUUUUGCACUUGACCGGCAAAACUGCACAGAUU